AUGGUGACUGUAAAGAAGCAUGGCAAACUAAGAAUAUGCAUAGGUGCACUGAGGAGAUCUCACUAUAUCAUGACAACUCUCAAGGAUGUUUUGUACAAGCUGCCUAAGGCACGUCUGUUCAUGCUUGUUGAUGCCCGGGAUGCAAUUGGUAUUGAACCAAUAGCUGAUGGCAUCCUUGUGGUUGGCUGUGGGGAUACAGAUAAGGAAGCAGAGCAAGAUCAUGAUGGCAAACUGCUGGAACUGAUGAAUCAUUGUAGGCAGCUCAACAAAUAUUUAAAGAAAGUGCAUUUUAAAAUUCCCGGUGGAGAGGAGAUGUUCUUUGAUGACAAGGGAAACGCUCCAGGAAGAUUUGAUGUUAUAAAUCUUUUUUGGUUGCCAAAUAAAACUAUGAGAAAACUUUUAGUUGGAAACUUUAACCAAGAUGCCAGCGGUACUCGCUUUUUUAUUAAUGAAAGUGCCAUUCAUUGGAAUCCACAAUUUUCCCAGGUUCCUCGGUCUGUAUGCAGUGAGAGUUGCCUGCCGGGAUAUGUGAAGGUUUAUAAAAAAGAAAAUGCCAAGUGUUGUCACAACUGUAUCCCAUGUCCAGAGGGAGAGAUUACUAACACCACUGAUAUGGAAAGCUGUUGGCGUUGCCCUGAGGAUCAGUGGUCUAAUGCUAAGAGGAAUAAGUGUAUUCUAAGAAAAAUUGAUUUUCUGUCAAAUGAGGAACCAUUGGGAUUAACCCUUGCUCUUAUGACUGCUGUAUUCACUGGCUUCACAGCUAUAGUAUUAACAAUAUUUGUUAAGUACAAGAAGACUCCAAUAGUUAAAGCCAACAACCUGAAUCUUAGCUACACCCUCCUCCUUUCCCUCAUACUAUCAUUUUUAUGUCCCUUCCUAUUCAUUGGACAACCUACAAAGGUAUCCUGCCUCCUUCGGCAAGUAGUCUUUGGAAAUUCUUUUGCAGUUGGUGUUUCUUGUGUCUUAGCCAAAACCGUUAUUGUUAUCUUGGCCUUUAAUGCUACUAAACCUAAUCCAAAACAAACCAAGAAAUUUGGUAAGAACACAUCCAGUUCUUUAGUUCUUGUUUGCUCUUCUGGAGAGGGCAUCAUAUGUGUUGUGUGGCUCCUUUACUCUCCACCAUUCCUGUACAAUAAUAGCCAAGUAGAGGUUGGGAAGAUAAUAGCGGAAUGUAAGGAAGGAUCUACCAUAGCAUUUUACCUUGUGAUUGGCUAUAUAGGGUUUUUGGCUUUACUAAGUUUUUUUGUUGCCUUUUUGGCGAGGAAACUACCAGAUACAUUUAAUGAAGCUCAGUACAUUACCUUCAGCAUGCUAAUUUUUUGUAGUGUUUGGAUCUCCUUUAUCCCAGCCUAUCUUAGCACCAAAGGGAAAUAUAUGGUGGUUGUGGAAAUAUUUGCCAUCUUGGCUUCUGCUGCUGGACUCCUGUUCUGUAUCUUUUUUCCAAAAUGUUACAUUAUUCUAAUAAAACCUGAACUGAACACCAGAGUAACUUUAACAAAUGAAAGAAAGCACAAACAUACAAGAAGCUAG